GAUAAUCAAACGAGCUUCUCUUUAGGGAACGGUUUAAAUCCCCAGCAGCUGUUUGGCUACCACACCCUGCCGUAUUUCGCUUAAUUUCCACAAUUUCCCGCUGUAUUUUCCCGAGUCCUCCUAUGUGAAGCAGAUGCAGCAGCAGCAGAAGUCAACACACUGACAAACUAACACACACACACACACACACGCACGCACGCACGCACGCACAGACACACAUUACAAACUUUCUAGCAAAAAAAAAAAAGUAAAUGAAAAAAAAUAAAUAAAAACUCAAGCAAAUAAGACUUAAAACACCUACACACACACACACACACACACACACACACACACACCUUCCCCCAACACACCCCCAUACACUACUCCCCCACGCCCCCACCCCCCCCCCUCCCCCACACCUCCAAUGUCACACCUACAGUUUGACGCCAAUCUGUCUGAAGCGCUAAAGAUGGAGGGGGACCUGUACCGCGCCCCGCCCCCCCGCUGGCAGAGGAAGGCGCAGGAGCAAGGGGUCACCAGGCUCACUAUCACUAAUGAGAACAGCCACUGUGACGGCAGCAGCCCACGCUCUGCCAAAACACCCCAUAGUGGCUCUCUGCUGGACACUAAGAGCCCAGGCAGGGGGAAGUCACCAGGUCGAGGGAAGUCCCCAGGAAGAGUGAUCCCUAAACUGGCGGUGAGAGGCGCUGGGCAGAAGACACCAAGCCGUAAGACACCCACGACUCCUUUUAAUCAGCAGGACAGGUUCAUCCCCAACCGCAGCACCACUGACCUUGAGUUGUCACAUCACCUGCUGGUCACAAGCAUGGAGGCCUCUGGAGGUGACCACACAGAGGAGGAGGAGCUCACCCUGCAACAGAAAGAGUACAAGGAAAAAAUGAUAGAGAACUUGAAUGAUGGCCAGCCUCCCAACACACGCAUCCUCUCCUUCAAGAACAAGGCACCCCAGGCCCAGGAAGGCUACGUCAACAAUCUGAAGGUGCUCUACAGUGCUGGUAAGACUGUCAUGCCCAAAGCCUCCUCGUCUCGUCACAUCCCCAGCGUGCCAGAGAAGAUACUGGACGCCCCUGACCUGCUCAAUGACUACUAUCUUCACCUCCUGGACUGGAGCACCAACAAUCACCUGGGUGUGGCUCUGGGCAGCUGUGUGUACAUCUGGAAUGCUGGCAACGGUUCCAUCACAGCCCUUACGCAGCUGGAUGACCCCGACUAUGUGUGUUCCCUGGCCUGGAUUAAAGAAGGUCACGUGUUGGCGAUAGGCCUGAGUUCCGGCUUGACCCAGCUGUGGGACGUGGCUCAGCAGAAGCUUCUCCGAACAAUGGGUGACCACCAGAACCGUGUCAGCUCUCUGUCUUGGAACACCUACAUCCUCUCGUCAGGCUCCCGGUCAGGCCAGAUCUUCCACCAUGAUGUGAGAGUGGCAGAGCAUCACGUGGCCACGCUCCGAGGCCACACGCAGGAGGUGUGCGGCCUGAAGUGGUCAUCCGACGGGCGACUCCUGGCAUCCGGCGCCAACGACAACCAGAUCAACAUUUGGGAGAAGACAGCGACAACACCCCUCCACACCUUCACCGAGCACCAGUCCGCCAUCAAGGCCCUGGCGUGGAGCCCCUGGCAGAGCAACAUUCUGGCAACGGGUGGAGGGACGGCUGACAGAACCAUCCGCCUCUGGAACUGCAGCACUGGGCUUUGUUUGAAGGACAUAACGACCACGUCCCAGGUGUCCUCCAUCUUGUGGUCAACUCAUUAUAAGGAAAUUAUAUCAGGUCAUGGGUUCUCCAACAAUCAGCUCACCAUUUGGAAGUAUCCCUCCAUGGCCAAAGUGGUCGACCUGACAGGCCACACAGGGAGGGUUCUGGAGCUCUGCCUGUCCCCGGAUGGUCAGGUGGUGGCCAGCGCAGCAGCCGACGAGACCAUCCGGAUGUGGAAGUGUUGGGCGAUAGAUAAGAAGGACAAGAAGCAGGCUGAUGCAUCCAAGAACCAUCCGAUCUCGGCCCUCGCUCGUGCCAGAACCAUCCGAUAGUUUGGUGGUUGUGGUGGUGGUUGUGGUGUUUUCUUAAAUAUUUCUUUGUUUUCCUAUUUUUUUUUUCCUUUCUUUUCUUGAUUUUUUUUUAUCUAGAUUUUUUUUCUUUUCUCAUUUUUCUUUGAUAUUUGUUUUUAUUGAUUCAAGUUCAUUUUUGUUAUAUUUUCUUUCACUUUUCCUCAUUUUAUCCCUUUUUUCCUUUCUUCCUUCAUUUCUUUCACCAUUUUAGUACUUAUUAAGCUACAAAGAGAGAGAGAGAGAGAGAGAGAGAGAGACAAAUAAACUUAUCUCAUUUUUCCUGUUUAAGUUACUGCCAGACUCAGCACAGGAUAGCUACAGUGUUACCAUAUCCCUGUGUCUGUGUAUAUGUUCCAGCUAUUGCCAUACACUUAAUACACUAAGUUAUUACAUAUUUUAUAGGGUGUGGAAAUAAAUGCUAUAGUUUUAAGUUAUAAGUCUGUGUUUUAAUAUUUUUUAUAUGUGUAUUAUAUUCUAAGCUUCUGGGACUAGAUUUACGAAUGUAUUUUUUGUAUGUGUUUUUUUUUUUUUUUUUUUUUUUUUUUUUUUUAAUGUGCAUUAUGUUUGUAUGAUGUAUUUCUUGCAAUAAGUGUAUCUGUGGAUUUGAAAAUAAAGUGUGUAUUGGUUCA